CCUUUCUUUCUGCAUAUAUCAUCAUUCUACAUAAUUUCAAUUUCGUGGACUACUAUCUACAACAACACUAUCUACCUCAUCCGAAAUGGCGUCUACGUUCAGUUUCGGCUUCUCCGGUGAUGAUAUCGAUGAAGAAGACGCUGUGUUGAAUAAUCUCAGCGCCGGAGAUGCCCCAGCUCAAGGUCAAUCGGCUACAGCUGAUCUUCCUAGGUUGGUACAGGCUGAGAAGCAUAAUAUGAGGGAAUGGCUGUCGGAUCUUCCAUCCCAGAUAUUCUACAACAGACUCCCUAUCCGCACCUCCAAGGGAAGAUCUCUGAUAGUGGCUCGCCGUGAAGUAUUUGACAUCCGUGCCCAACUCAUGGCCGAGGACAGCGUUGGCCAGGAUCAUGGGGAACUAAUCGCCGGUCUUGAAGAAGGCGAUCUUAAACCGAAUUUUUAUGAGGGCGGUUUCAAGACAUGGGAAUGUGCGUUGGAUCUGGCGAAAUUGGUCGUUGACGAGGACUUUGGAGGAGUGACGGCGACUACCUCAGAAGAAGAUGCAAAUGGAGGACCAGAAGAUUUCCAUAUUAUCGAGUUAGGCGCAGGGACUGCAGUGCCAUCACUUGCACUCUUUGCGGAAUUGCUUUCACAGCCGCAUCCAGGUGGGCAAGGAACGCGCAGAAGAAGAACCCAUUUCACCUUUGCAGAUUACAAUGAUGACGUUCUUCACCUUGUCACUCUGCCAAAUCUUCUUCUGACAUGGAAAAAUAGCAUCUCAUCUCAGGAAGCAUCUGAAGCAUCAACCACAGGUCAUCAUCCAGAGACACAUCCCCAGAAGCAAGAGGAUGAACUAGACAUCACGGCAGAACUCGUAGAAAGUUUUCAACGAGAUCUAGCAGACCGAGACAUUGUGGUCAAUUUCAUAUCUGGCGCAUGGUCGUCGGCAUUUGUGGACUUGGUGUUACCCUCAACCAACAGAGGGAAGAAAUUUCAGACUUUAAUUCUCGCCAGUGAGACGAUAUAUUCACCGUCAUCGCUUGGUGCCUUCUCCGAAACGUUACUAGAGCUGUUGCACAGAUCUACAACGGCAAAAAACACAAGUAGGGCACUAGUAGCAGCAAAGAAAGUCUAUUUUGGAGUUGGCGGUGGUGUGGAUGAAUUCUUGUCAGUAUUAAAGGAUGUCGGGGGUGAUAGGUUGGAUAUCCAAGAGAAACGAGAUAUCAAAAUGGAGGGAGUUGGCAGGCUGAUCCUGGAGAUUACUGAAUCUGAAAGAUGA